CAGUGUGUGUGUGUGUGUGUGUGUGUGUGUGUGUGUGUCAUUGUGUGUUGUGGUGGGAAAGGAACAAGGCGACAGAAGGAAAAGGGAAAAGGAAGACUGGUCAGCAGGGCUGGGGGGAGAGACGAGGGAGGAAGUGGGCGUGUGUGUUUGAGUCAGGGAACACAGAGCUGCCAUGGAUGGUUUUUAAAUUGAUCUACUCCACACUACUGACAACUGGAUAUUUUUCAAUAUACCUGAGCUUCUCACUUCAUUUACACACAAUAGGUUAACUUCUGUCAUUGGCUUUAAAUGUCCUCUGCCAUGGCAAAGCGUGAGGCUGGAAGCACCAGCCCUGUAGUGCGUCAGAUAGACAAGCAGUUUCUGGUCUGCAGCAUUUGUCUGGAUCACUACUCCAACCCCAAGGUCCUGCCCUGCCUGCACACCUUCUGUGAAAGUUGUCUGCAGAACUACAUUCCCCCGGAGUCUCUGACGCUCUCGUGUCCGGUGUGUCGGCAGACGUCCAUUCUGCCAGAGAAAGGAGUUUGUGCUCUGCAGAACAACUUCUUCAUCACUAACCUCAUGGAGGUUCUUCAGCGAGACCCAGAGUGCUCGCGGCCGGAGGCCUGCAGUGUCCUGGAGUCCGUCAGCGCUGCAGCUGCAGUGAAGCCCCUCUGCUGCCCGAACCACGAGGGAAAGGUGAUGGAGUUUUACUGCGAAUCAUGUGAGACAGCCAUGUGUCUGGACUGCACCGAGGGCGAGCACCGGGACCAUGUGACUGUUCCGCUUCGGGACGUCGUGGAACAGCACAAGGCCGCUCUGAAGACACAGCUGGAUGCCAUACUGAGCAGGCUUCCUCAGUUAACAGCAUCCAUCGAGCUGGUGACUGAGAUCUCCCGCCAGCUGAAUGAGAGGAAGAAUGAGGCGGUAGCAGAGCUCACCAGCACGUUUGAAGAGCUGGAACGGGCGCUGCAUCAGCGCAAGACGUCCCUCAUCACCGACCUGGAGGUCAUCUGCAGCACUAAGCAGAAGGUCCUGCAGGCCCAGCUUUCAUCUCUCCUCCAGGGGAAGGAACACAUCCAGAGCAGCUGCAGCUUUACUGAGCAGGCUCUCAGCCAUGGGAGUGCUACGGAGGUGCUGCUAGUUCAGAAGCAGAUGAGUGAGCGGGUGACAGCACUGGCCAAACAUGAUUUCCCAGAGAAACCACAUCAGAAUGCACACCUGGAUUGUCAGGUGGAGACUGAGGGUCUGCGACGCUCCAUUCAGAACCUGGGAGUUCUCCUCACCACGGCCGCUGUGGCUCACACCUCGGUAGCCACAGGAGAGGGCCUCCGCCAUGCAACAACUGGGCAGCACCACACAAUUACUGUGACGACAAAAGACAAAGAUGGUGAGUUGGUGCGGACAGGAAAUGCUGUUUUAAAAGCACAGAUAACGUCUGUUGACGGAAGCCGCAUUGCAGAGGUGGAUAUAGCGGACAAUAAGAAUGGGACAUAUGAGGUAGGCUACACGUUACGCUCUGAGGGAGAGUACUCUUUUGCUCUGUUGCUGUACGGCCAGCCGAUACGGGGCAGCCCGUUCCGCCUGCGGGCAAUCAAGCCCUCAGAUGUGCCACAAUCUCCAGAUGAUGUGAAGAGGAGGGUGAAGUCUCCCAGCGGGACAGGGGGCCACAUACGGCAGAAAGCAGUGCGUCGUCCUUCCAGCAUGUACAGCACCACCAAGAAAAAGGAGAACCCCAUUGAGGAUGAGCUCAUCUAUAGAGUGGGUUCCCGGGGCAGAGAAAAGGGGGAGUUCACAAAUCUGCAAGGAAUAUCAGCCUCUCGUAACGGUAGAGUGGUGGUGGCUGACAGCAACAAUCAAUGCAUACAGGUAUUCUCCAAUGAUGGAACGUUUAAGAUGCGCUUUGGGGUCAGAGGUCGUUCUCCAGGGCAGCUGCAGAGACCGACAGGCGUCACUGUGGACAUGAACGGUGACAUUGUGGUGGCCGACUAUGACAAUAGAUGGGUCAGCAUCUUCUCCUCUGACGGGAAAUUUAAGAAUAAGAUCGGUGCAGGUCGGCUCAUGGGUCCUAAGGGUGUCGCUGUGGACAAGAAUGGCCACAUCAUCACUGUGGACAACAAGGCCUGCUGUGUCUUCAUCUUUCAAUCCAAUGGGAAGUUGGUGACUAAGUUUGGAGGCAGGGGGACGUCUGACAGACAGUUUGCAGAAAAACUCGGUCCAAACUUUAAUAAAUCUGGCUCAGUUUUCAGUCCGCACUUUGUUGCAGUGAACAACAAAAAUGAAAUUAUUGUGACUGAUUUCCACAAUCACUCUGUAAAGGUGUACAGUGCAGAUGGAGAGUUCUUGUUCAAAUUUGGCUCUCAUGGUGAAGGCAAUGGCCAGUUCAAUGCUCCCACUGGUGUGGCUGUGGACGCCAACGGAAACAUCAUUGUAGCUGACUGGGGCAACAGCAGAAUACAGGUGUUUGACAGCACAGGCUCCUUCUUAUCUUAUAUUAACACGUCAGCAGACCCGCUGUACGGACCCCAAGGCCUCGCCCUCACCUCAGAAGGACAUGUGGCUGUUGCCGACUCCGGAAACCACUGCUUUAAGGUUUACAGAUAUCUGCAGUAGGCCGAGGGAAGACAUCGCAGACACAACCUUUACUUACACAAGUUAAAAUCCCUUACUGCUUCUGGACAGCAGGCUGCAACGGGACUGCACACUUGACAAUGGCCCCAGGUUCCACAAAUCCAUUUUCUCUACAUUCUUCAGAAGAUCCAAAAUUCAGAGCUUCAGAGAAAGAAAUUGGAGACAAAUGUUUACAUUAAAACAACCAAACCACCACAAAUGUCAGUGUAAUCAAAAUGUAAUUUAAAGACAAAAUAAACUAGCUAUCCCAAAUAUUAUUGCUAGAGGUGACAUUAAUUUCCUCACUGAGGAAAAAGAAAUCUCAGGAGACUAUUCUGGUGAAAUAAAGGUUUAAAAAAAAAUUCACUUCCACAAGCAAAUAAUGAAAGAAACAUCCCGUGAUUGGAUGUUCCUUAUUUAAUCACUGUCUACUUUUAACUUAUGAGUUUUGCAUUUGGAAAAAACUUAGCUGGAAAUUACCUUCUGGAACAAGGUGUUGCAGUAUUUCCCAAAACAGCGUGUGUGACCGCACCAGUAGAUAGCCUGCCAGUCUUCACUGCAGUUUCUUUGGGCAAUGCAGAUGGGCAACACUCCCAGCAACCAGCAAACCAACUGAGAAGUGUACUACCGGUUUCCUGAUUAUGCUUUGUGAUUGAAAUAACAAUGCUCAGGCCUUUUCUUGAACACUGUUGCAUGUGCUCUAAAACAUUACCCUGUCAUCACUGCCUUCAAUUUUUCAUUAGUAAAUACAACACAUGCAGACAGGAAUGUGUUGUUUCUUAUUCUUCUUUUGCACCAUAUCACUCUGAUAGGAUCCUUGGAUAUAGAGGAUCAUAAGAGGAUUUGACCUAAAUCCUAGUUUUUGUUUGGUUUUGUUACCCAAAGACAAGCAGCAAGAAGCACAACAGCUAAUAGAACAACAAGGUUUUUGAACACAUCAUCUAAUUCUUCUAUUGACAAAAACAAACCCCAAUAGUUCUUGUACUUUAGUGUAUUCAUAUCUACAACCUAAUGUAGUACAUAUGGUAUGCAUAUUUUGGUGUACAGAUGGAUUUGGUGUCCAUAUUAUUUCACUAUAUAGCCUACUUAUUGCAGCACUUAAUGAAUCUACACUGGAUCAUAUAUUAAUACAUUAGAAGGUCAUGCCAUGUAUUAGCCAACUGAAUGACUUGCAAACAUUAUUGGAACUAAAAGUUGUAUACACAUUAUUUGCUGCCUUUUUUAUUUAUUUUUCAAAGGACUUAAUUUAUUUUAUUUUAUUUUCUACAUAAUUUGCUCUAAAAAGUAUUUUUCUAAUUGGUGCAUUGAGACUGUCUUUGUAUAAAUGCCUUGUAACUUCCCAGAGCUCACAUACAGUUAAACUUUUCCCGCUACCAAAACGCAUCGUUGUAAGUUGUUGUUGAACAUUGCACAAAAUAAAAAUAUUAUAAGAGUUA